CGGGCUUGGAAAAUUCUGCGCCUGCGCACCACGCCUGCGCUCUGCAAACGCAGUGGUGGCUGUACCUCUGAGGUCAGGUGUCCUCUCUGCUGAUGGGCUCUGCUCCAGCGGUAUAGCUCCAUGAAUAACUUAAACGACCCCCCAAAUUGGAACAUCCGGCCCAAUUCCAGGGCUGAUGGGGGUGAUGGAAGCAAGUGGAAUUAUGCCCUGUUGGUGCCAAUGCUGGGAUUGGCAGCAUUUCGUUGGAUUUGGUCUAGGGAAUCCCAAAAAGAAAUAGAAAAAGCAAGAGAAGCAUAUCAUCAGAGAACAACUGCUUUCCAACAGGAUCUUGAAGCUAAAUACCAUGCUGUGAUCUCAGAACAUCGGCGAGCUGUUGCUCAACUGUCUUUGGAACUGGAAAAGGAGCAAAAUAGAACAACUAGUUUUCGAGAAGCCCUUAUCUCUCAGGGGCGUAAGUUGGCAGAAGAAAGGAAGCUUCUUGAACAGGAACGAGCUCAAAUAAUGCAAGAAAAAAGCCAGCUGCAGCCUCUGAGAAGUGUGUAUCUGAGGUGCCUGGAAGAAGAGGACAACUGGCAGAGGAGAGCCCAGCUCCUGCUGAAGGAGGUGGGAGAAGCUCUUGUGGAACGCCAAAAUAUCUACUGCAGCCUGAUCCUUCCCCGUAGUAAAAGGCUAGACCUGGAGAAGAACUUACUGGUGCGCUCGUCUGUUGAUCCAGUGGCUGCUGACCUAGACAUGGCAGCUGGCUUAUCUGACAUAUUUAAGCAUGAUAAGCAUUGUGGAGAUGUCUGGAACACCAACAAGCGCCAAAAUGGGAGACUCAUGUGGGUGUAUCUCAAAUAUUGGGAGCUACUUGUUGAACUUAAAAAGUUUAAGAAAGUAGAGAAAGUCAUACUAGAAAAAUAAGAGGGACUGGAGAAAUGGCUGAGUGGUUAAGCGCACUUACUGCUCUUCCAGGAGACCUGGGUUAAUUCCAAGCACCCACAUGGCAGCUCACAACUGUCUGUAACUCCAAGAUCUGACACCCUCACACAGACAUACAUGCAGGUAAAACACCAAUGCAUAUAAAAUAAAAAUAAAUGAAAUGAAAUAAUAAGAACGAAAUGAAAUGUAAGGCCAGAUGGGGUCAUUCACCAUGGCAGUCUGCAUUCUGGGCUCUCUGAUACGUACUUUUCCUUUGCCACCACAUGUGACCCAGUACAGCUACCCUUGUGAGAACUCAAGUCUUUCCACCCUUUGAGCAGUGCAGUAGGGUCUUAGCAGAUAAGUUUUUUCUAUAAUGCUCUGCAGUUAUUAGAGAUUCAGUUUUUCUGAAGCAUUUUUGAGCUGCUAAUAUUUAGCAGAACAAGUGCAACCUUUUAUUUUAGUUCUAGGAUAAAGAAAAAAUUUAAAACUCAAAUACACUAUUUUUACUCUAAGAAAUGUUCUGUCAAUUUUUUACCUCUCCUCCAAUUACUGUUCUCCCUUCCCUGAUUCCAUCUAGAGGUUAUUGGGUAAUGUAGUUAUAUUACUAAGAUUUAUAUUGUUUGGAACAUUUUUUCCCUCACAAAGGAAAAAACACCAAAUGUUACUUAUGCCCAGCUGGUGCCCCAGUGAAUACUUAGAAUUGAGCUGUACUUGUAUUCAAUAAGCAUGUUUAUUAGCAAUGAUAUGCAGUCAAUAAUAUUUGUCAUUUAAAAACAA